AUGGCGGCGCGGAGCCCCGCCUCCACGGCGAGGGGGCGCGCGGCCGCUCCGUCUGGGUCGUUCUCGCCUUCUGCCUCGCCUCCUCCGCUUUCUUCCUCUUCUUCAUCCUUUCCGGGUUGUUCUUCCCGGACAUCGCCUCGACAGCCUUCUCGCGGCCGCAACGGCGCCGCCCCGCCGCCGCCCGUGCUCGCGGCGUUCUCGCCGCGGGAUCUUUCUCUGCUGGAAGACGCGGAAGCUCAGCAGCUUCCGUCGCCUUCGCUGGAGGAGUUCGCUCAGCAUUUUCGCCCCGCUCAGUCUUCCUCGUACUCGCGUGACAGGCGGCGCGGCGAAUUUCCCCCCCCGCGCGCGGCCCUCACGCCUCGCGCCGACCGCAAGGGGGACGCGGCGGCGUCGACGCCGGAGGCCGCGGAGGAGCGAUCGAGCGCCGCCCCGACGAUGCUUCGUCCGAGCGAGACGCGCGACGCACUAGCGCACGCUGAGGAGGCGCCCGCAGCCUCCCCAGCGCUUCCCAAAAUUGGAAAGCAAGAAGUUUUGGCCUGGGUAGAAGAAGUGACCAGCCGCGAGCACGUGUCGUUCGCAGCGCUGCGCGGCGGAGACAUCUUCCUCGAGCUGUUUGCACUGGUAUGGCCGCGCCUGAUGGAGAAGCGCCACGACCGGCGCCUGGGCCUAGCUGCCCAGCUGCCGCGGAAGGGCUCUGUGUCGUCCUCGCCUGCCUCCUUUGUUUUCUUCUACCCGUUUCCGCAGGGCGAGCCGGAGGAGGAUCACAACUGGGCACUCGUCGAGGAGGUGCUUGCAGACGCGCACAUCCCGCCGAAGUUCUUUGACCGGGGUCGCAUCGCGAAAGAGUGCUUCCGCGCCUGCUACCAGGCUCUCGUCGUGCUGUUUUUCCUCUACACUCUCGCCAAAGACCACGCAUGCGAAUUCGUCAUGGCUCACCCCGUUGACGCGUGCGUCACGCGCUUCAUGUCCAGCGAAGAGCCUCUCGCUUGCCUGAUCGACGCCGGCAGCGUGCUGCUGGCGCCACUCUCCCCGGUGAUUUCUGAGAAUAGUGGGCAGCCGCAGCCGAGAGAGGACACCCGCGAAAAACGGAGAGGCUCCGGCAGCAGCCUCUCGCCUCGCGAAAAACCGAUCGAAGAAUUUGAAACAGACGGCAUAGCCGACAGGACAGAAGCCCAGAAGAGGAGACAGCGAAGGCCUGGAGCCCCCAGAGGAUACUCGCGUACUGCAGCGCGGAAACACACUCUGCUCUUCGAGUCGCCGCGCCAGCACCGAACCGCAGCGUGGACCGAAGAGGCUGAGGGCGAGACGGACAGAGACAUGAGCGCGGCCUCGGACAUUGACACGUUUCCAAGCAGGCCGCGAGACGACGGAGACAGGAGAGCGCCGCUUCACUCCCGGCCUCCACUGUCCCCCCGCCCCCGGGCGGCGGCUUCGAAGGCGACGGAGACGAGAGAUGGAGACAGGAGGGGGCAAGGCCAGCCAGACGACGAGGACGACAAGCCUUUGCGAUCGGCCGUCAGAGAGAGAGAGGCUGUCGCUCACGCAACGAGAGACGCCUUGCUUACGGCUUCAGAUCCCCUGUGCCGCUACCCUCGCAGUCCAGCGCGCAGGGCGGAGUCCACGCCCGCGUCUCACCCCGGCGCCCCGCGACCGCGCACUUCCGCAGAGAACGAGUGUCGACGAGAGCCGUACGUGCCCCAGCCCAGCGCUUCUCGCCUACCAGGUCGGGCGCGGACAUCCGGACGCUCUGCCUCUGAAGAGCUGCUUUCCGCAGACGAAACUGAGGAGGAGAGCCAGACGCAGCUGGAGCGGGAAGAGAGGGGCAGCUCGCGGAGCGGGCGGCGCGCGACGCGCCGGCGCCGCUCUGCCUCUGCGUCUUCGUCCGAGUCCAGCGGCCGCCACGAGAGGGCUCGCCUCUCUUCGCUCGAUGGGAUCUCGCCUGCAGCGCUGGCGCUGAAACGCGCCGCGCGAACGUUGCAGAAAGGUCGGCGGCUUCCGGUCAUAGGCUGCAUCUUCCGCCCCGACGGCAGCGCCGUCCACCCCGAAGAAGAAGGCGACGGCGCGUCGCUAUCGGGCUCCGCCGCGGAGACCUCGCGGUCGCGGCGCAGCGGGCGGAGGCGGGACGCGCUCCGACUCAAGGACAGAAGGCGGAGGUGCGCGCACACGCCCGACGACUCGGGUUCCUCCUCGUGCCUGUCUGCAGCCGGCAGCAGCGCCGACGAGCCGCGCGGCCCCACGCGGUCGCGCGAUGGAAGGAAGGGCGAGGGUGCGGACGAGCUCGACGCGCUCCCGCGCCGGGAGGGAAGACGAGCGAGACGCCGCAGCAGGAAAUCGCGGUCUCGCUCCUCGCACAGCAAGCACGCAGACGAAGCCUCGGAGAGAGUCAGCGCCAGCCACUCGCGCGAGAGAUCCUCCUCGACGCCGCGAGCCCCUCUCAGGCGACCGUCUGCGUUCUUCGCGCGCGGCAGCUCAGGCUCGGAGGACGAGCGCGCCCGACAGGGCCCGCGCCCGACGACCAAGUCGCCUCUGGAGCUCCACGCGGUCGCGGCGCGCUGCGCCUCCUCGCAGGAGCCGCCGGCAUCGCCGCGCGACGGAAGGCUGCAGGGCGACGAUGCGGCUCGCGCGUCCUCGACUUCGGCGGCCUGGGCACCGUGCGCAGCUGAGCUGCCGCUCGCGUCCUGCCUGGAGCACCCGCUGCACCUUGUGGAGUGGGGCCGCUCUGCGGCUGCCUCGGCUUCGUUCCGCAUAAAGGGCGAGAAGCUGCUACAGGCGCUGCGAUACCAAGUCAGCUUGCUGGCGGCGCAGCUCGCGCAGAGCGAGGAGGAGAAGAAGGCGCUGCAGCGGCAGACGGAGCUCGCGCUGCAGCGCGAGCGGGAAGAGCGCGAGAUGGAGAUUCAGCGUCUCAAGGAGACGCACGCCGUGGAGAUUCUCGAGCUGAAGGCCGCGCACGCCGCGGGCCUGCAAAAGGAGAGACGCAAGAUGGAAACACGUCUUGAGCAACUCGAGGACGACGUAGCGAUGGACGUCGAGGUCCUCUCGGCGCCGCAGGGCGAGACGGGCGCCGAAAGCGAAGACGGAGACAAGGCGCGCGGGGGGUCGGACGACGCCGAGCGAGGGAGACGGGGAGGAGGCGACGCGCCGCCAGGUGAGGGCAAGGCGGCGAACCGAGAGGCAUCCCGGCUGGAUGUGUCGGCUCUCCACAAAGUCCGCCAGCUUCAGAACCUGAUGGACGCGCGGCUCGUCUGCCGCGACCAGGCGCUGAAGGAGACACGGCUCUCGCUGCAGGAUUUACACAAGGAGUGUCGCUCUCUGCGGCUCGCCUCCGACGAGCGCUGGACGGCGUGGCGACGUCUGUGGCAGUUCAGAGAUGCGCUUCUUUUCCUCCUUGCGCCGCCCUCUGCCUCCGCCCUGUCCGCGGCGGUGGUAUCUGGAGACAAGGCGGCGGAGGGGCGAGCCAGGGAGGGCGACGAGGCCGCGCGUCUCCUCUUCCCCGUGGGCAGCGCGGGCCUCAAGGCUGUCGACCAGCUGAGGUAUUUGGGAGCAUGUGCGGAGCCUGGCGAGAAGCUGGAGGCUCUUCAGAAGUCGUUCUAUGCAGACUUAACGCAGGCGCUCGAGUUCUCGCUCGGAUGGACGUUCCCGGAGGGACUGUGGGAGGAGCGGGAGGCGCGGCAGCGAGCGCGCGGCGACAAGUCGCGGGCGGCUCCUGGGGCGGCCGCGGGAGAUGGGCGGCGCGGCGAGACGCGCAACCACGCUGGGACGGAGCUCGAGAAGUCGCUUUUUUCCUCGCUGGUUCAGGGCCUCUCGCUGCUGCAUCUCGAGCGCCUCCAGCACAGGCAGCGCGAGUUCGAGCUGUUGCGGAAGGUUCACAUGAGCGAGGUCUCCGGCGAGACGCGUGAGCGAGGCCGCGCAGAGGGCGGCGAGGGCGCUCCAGCGUCGGCGCGUGCGGCGCAGGACGCCUCGAAUGCGACCCGCGAAGAGCCGCGCCGCGCGAGGCGGGAGGCCGCCGAGGGCGGAGAUCUGGGCGUCCUGCUGAGCGGGCAGCUGGGCGGGCAGCUGGAGCGCGAGAUGGCGCUCGCGGAGGAGGUGAAGCGCGCAAACGUCAAGAACGCGCGGCUGCAGCGAACGAAUGCGUAUCUGCGAAAGAAAGUAGACCACAUCCUCCGGUGGAAGGAACAGGAUCGCGCCUUCGAAGAGGCUUGCCAGCGCACCGAGGACGCCUGGCGCCAGCGCGAGCGCGAGCGAGAAGGGGGGGGACAGUCCGGAGAGCCACGGAGCGCCGCCGACAGAGACCGCGGGGCGGCGGCUCCCGAGCCUGCGCAGGCGAGAGCCAAGUCCACUUCAGAUCUCAGCACGCGCGCGGGCACCACGACGAGCGCAACCGAGGCCGAGGGAGGCGUCGAGGGCGUCCUGCUCACCGGAGACGACGCGCCGCGGAAAGACAAGCUCGCAUCUUCGGCGUCCUCCUCCUCUUCUCCUGAUGGCGAGGCCGCCGACGAGCUCGAAUCUGCCGGGGGGCCCACGACGAUGGCCGCCCCUGCUGAAGUCUUCUGCUGGAUGCCUGCUCUCCUCAGCGAGGCCGGCGGCGCCGAGGACGACACCGAGCGGGACGCCGACCUCCUCCAUCUGUUGCGCUCGCUGGGCGCGAGGCGCGGCGGGGAAGACGGGGAGGUCGAGGGCGCCUGCGAGGGCGAACCCGGCUUCCCGGGUCACGACUUGGAGAGAGAGGAAGCUGACCGGCGCCUGGCGGUUUCCGCGGAGACUAGGAGACAGCUUCUUCACCUCUUCUGGCGGAUGCUGGGCGACUUCUACAAGUACCGCGUGCGCCUCGCCGAAAGCCGCCGGCAGCUGCUGAGACUUCAAAACGAAGUCACAGCGGCAGUCGAAGCCAAACAUUUCGCUGAACGGAAAGGCCGCGAAGAGUUCGAGACUAUGCAAGUUGCGCUGCGUAAGGAACUUGACAGCGAGCGCGCGAAGCUCUACCGCAUCAUCGGCCGGAAUCGCGUCCUUCUUCAGGUCGCGGAGGAUCAGCUGACGACUCGACUGCGCGACGAGCGAGCGCAGCAGGAUGAACUCGCGAGACUCACUUCCCUUCUGCACGACGCCCAGUACAAGAAAUUCUCUGCGCUCCUUGGCCAGCUGCAGGCGCUUGACUCUUCGAAUCGAACGCUGCAGCGCCGCGAGCGCCUCUGGCAGGACUUGGCAAAGUGUUUGACUCUUCAGCUGCGGCGACCAUGCAUCGAGACGCAGCGGACGAUUCAGGAUCUCUGGGCGCAGAUUACGGGUUCGAAGGCGCUCCUCGUCGCGCACAGCUCGGCGCUGGUGCCCGCGGCCGCUUCGCCGCGCGCGCUGCCUCCGCUGCCUCCCGCCGCGCGCGGUCCCGCCUCCACGAAGACCCGCCAGCGCGCGGCUUCAGUGCGCCGCGAGGGCCCCUGCGCCGAAAAGGUCGGCAGGCGCGCGAGCAGCGUCGGGCGCGGCGGCAGCGAAACCCUCGAGAAGCAGGACGCCGAGGAGACUGAGAAAAGGCCUUUGGGCAUGCGGGAAGAGACGCGCGAGUCGGCUCUCGCGGGCACCUUCGGCGAGUGCCUGGAGCAGAUCGCAGGAGCCGCCAAGGACUCGGGCGCGGACGACGACGACCUCGCUGAGGAGCUGUCCUGCGUGGACCUAAAGGCACCGUCCGCGGAGCUGGCGGAAGGCGAGGCGGUGCGGGCGAUCGACUGCAAACGCGAGGUCGACGCGUGCGCGCUGCCCAGCAGCUGGCAUCAGCUGCUCAAAAACAUGCUGCAGGAAGCCACGACGCUAUAUGCGCAGCAGAUCCAAGACAAGGAGCAACAGGUCGCCUCGCUGGCGCAGCAAAUGAAGGACGAACGCGAGAAGAACAAGAGUCUCCACCUCCAACUGAGCGAGAGAGCUGCCGUUUUGAAGGCCCUCCAGGAGAACCGCGACUUCCUUCAGACUCAGCAUGCUUUCGCUCUUGAGACCAUCGGUGCGCUCCAUGAGGACCUCUUCGCAGAGCGAGAAGCGAAGCGGCGCAGUGAUGAGCACUGGCGGCGUCAGUACAUUCACCUCCAGGUCGCCUUCCGCGAAUUCCAGGCGCUCGCGCGCGUCCUGCGAGAGAACGAGCAGCUCUUCCCCUGCACGCCCGAAGAAGAAAUCCCGACGGAAGCGGCAGUGCCGCCACAGAAGCCGGUGCUCGAGGGGGCAGAAGCAGCGGAGACCGACAAGACGGAGCUUGAGAACGCCGCAGACGAGGGCGGCGCCGUCCAUAAAAAAGAGAUAACCGAUGAGCAGAGAGCAAAGACGCGCGACACCGAUGGGAAGGAGGACACCCGAGACGAUACUCUUGCUAUAUCUUUUUCAGAGCUCUCCCAGAAAGAGCCAACAGUCGAGGCGGACGCCUCCGAUGCCGUGGAAGCCGCUCAGCUCCCAUCGCGCCCAACGCAGCAGCCUGCAGAACGAUCGCCUCCCUCGUCGCCGUCUGUGUCUCCCUCAGCCUCAGCCUCUGCGGCGGUGAUUCCGCCCGUGCUGACGGUCGCGGAGGCGGCUCCUUCGCCUUCGCUCUCGAUGACCUUCCCUUUCGCCUCGCUUCCUGCGCCGUCAUUCGCCUUAUUUCCGCAAGACCUCGCGGCUUUUUUGACGUCGCCGGCGCUGUGGAGUCGCGCAGAUCCUGGCUUCGCGGCAAGCGGCACGCAGGCCGAGGAGCUGGAGCGGCAGCUGACGCAGAUUCAUGCGCAGCAAGCUCUGCUUCAGGAGCGCGAGAGAAAGCUCUUUGAGCAGAUCGGCGCGUCGCGGAGGCACGCCGGCUCAAGCCGCGACCUCGCGGAGAGAGAGAGAGAGCCGAGCGAGCAGGCGAUCGCCGCCACGGAUCGCAAGGACGAAGAGAGCAAGCAGCGAGAGGCCGGCGCACGACUCAUCUUCGAAGGACCUGCGGGAUUUCCGCGCGCGGAGCACCCUCCCCUCGCCCGCGCGUCUUCCGCCACGGUCCCCCGCUCUCGCGCGCCUCUCUACCCGCGGGCCUCUGCUGCAGCUCCGCAGGACUCGCCGCGCAGGCCCUCACUGGAGACCUCGCCCGUGGACUCUCUCCGCGCGCCCUCGCCGCAGGUUGCGCCGCCUCUGCCUACCGAGAAGCUCCCCCGCGGCGCUUCUCACGCGGCACCAGACGACGCGACAAACUGCGACGACGACGCGCAGGGCAGGUCGCUGCUGGCGCUGCCGCUUCCCUUAGAAGGCCUCGCCGCGCAGCCUCCUCCCGCCGCUUCUGAGGUCUCCCUGGCUGCUGCGGCCUCUCGAAACGCCGAGGAAACGCGACCCGAAGCGACUGCGCCGUCGAGCGAGCGCGAUCUCGCCUCGCCUGCAUCUCAGCCGGGACGCGUCCAAAUGGAGGCGAGACGCGGGAUCCAUGCAGCGGCCGCGGGCUCGCCCUCGUCGCCCUCCGCGGAGCCGCGACGCGAAGAGACCUCUUUGCCCUCCGCACUCUCUGCGCCCUCCGCGCUCUCUGCGCCCUCCGCGCUCUCUGCGUCGCGGGCGGUGGAGGUGCCGGUUCGCGUGCCGCCGCUUCCUUUGGAGAAACUCCGCGCGACGCGCGAGGCCGAAAGCCUCCAAGAGUUCAGUUUAGAGUUGCCGCAUGCGAGUCCGCCAAAGUCCCGCGAGGAGACAAGGCAGGGCGGGGCGCCGGCUCUCGGGGCUCGCGACCCGGAAGGGCCCGCAGGGGCUGGAGGGGCCCCAGAAGACGAGGGAGGUCGCCAGGAGGCCACAGAGCGCUGCGAUGAAACGGGCGAUCGCAGCGUCUCGGAGUUCUCAGACUCGCGCAGCAGCGACCGCGGCCUUGGUCUCUGCGCGCCAGCAGACAGGAGCUUGCGAGACCUGGAGCGAGAGGCGGAAGAGCGCUUCGCGCAGCUGUGCGCGCUGCGCCGCGCGCCCGAAGCGGGAGGGUUGCCGACGCCCUCUGGGGGCCGCGGCAGCGCGCGGCGAGGGGAUGAGCGUCAGCGCGAAACCGAAGUGGAGCAGCAGCUGCUGCUGCAUCAGCACCUCCUCUACCGCAUGCGCGCACAUCUCCUCAAGGAGCACGAGAGGAAGCUCGCUGCACAGGAGUUGCCGUCGUCGCUGUCGUCUUCUCUCUCGCGCGCGGGCGGCAGUGAAGGCCAAGAAAAAGCACCGCCUUCGCGCACGCCGUCGUCCUCCCUCGUCCUUCCCGGCAGCGCUUCCUCGUUGAGAACCUGCAGCCACUCGACGACGACGAACGAAUCGCAGCCUGCGCCAGCGACCGGCGCGCCCUCGUCUGCCUCCAGCGGCGCCCCUGCUGCGCCUCCCUCGCCCUCCGCGGCCGCGAGCUCGGCUUCCUCCGCCUUUUCGAAGCGCGACGCCAUCGCCGCCUGGGACGCCUUCGUGGAGGCCUACCGCUCCAGCGAGAAGAAGGCCGAGGCGAAGGCCGACGAGACGGAAGCGCAGAAGAUGGGGGAGGAAGAAACCGCGGAAUCUGUCGGCGUGCGGAGGUGCUUCAGGACCUCAGUGACGGACAGGGGCCAACGCGAGAGCCGCAGCGGCUCUCCGUCUGUCCCCCGGCGCGAAGAAGACGCAGUGGCGGAGUGCGGAGAGGUGGCGAGGCGCAGGGCGAGGCUUUCGCUCCUGGGCCCCGGGUUUCCGGCAGCGCCAGAGGAGACAGGCCCGCGCGGCCUGAAAGGCACACUGCAUCUCGCAGCGGAGAGAAGACGCACAGAGGCCUUCCCGGCGGCGGGCGACGAGCAGCGGCAGCUUCAGGAGGAGGUCGGGCGCGCGUCUCUGCGCGCGGACUCUGCGUCUUUCCCGCGCGACACCAACGGCGAAGACCUUUCGCGGGAAGCGACAACAGACAGCGGGCUGCAGGAAGUGCUGGACAUCGAGACGGGGUUUGCGGCGGAGCGUCUGUCGCGUCCUCUCCUGAGUUCGCUGCCCUUCCCUGUGGGGCGGGCGGCGCGCGAGGCGAUGGAGAGCGACGACGACGCGGAGGGCUCACCACACUCGCGCGCCUCGUCGCUGCUGCGCGAAGAGGACGCGUUUCCGCGGCGCAAGUGGCCUGACGCCUUCUCGGCUUCGCGGCUCGACGCGCUCCGGGGGCCGUCGUCGUCGUCGUCGCGGCUGUUGCCUGUGGGCCUUCGCGGACCCUCGCAGAGCCGCGGCGCCGAGGGGGAGAUGCACUCGGCCCUCGUGCCGUGGCUCUCCGCCGCAUGCCGAUCGCGGGGCGACCUCGACUGGGAGUCCAGCUGCCGGCGCGCCUCGCCGACGUCGCUCUUUGCAGAAGCUGCGAAGGCCACAAAAUCAAAAGUCCUUGAGCCGCUGGGAAAUCGCUUCCUCAGCGCCUUCCAAGUCUCUGUCGAGGACGUGUUCGUGCAAGACGACGUGAACCAAAUGACCCUCAACGCCGGCGCCUCCCUCCAGCGAAUCGGCGCCGCCCUCGAGGCAGACAUGCGCCUGGCGACCUCGAAAAAGAAAAACAUUUGA